AUGGAGAAGCGUGACUAUGCGGCUGCUGUCGCGGCGUUGAAUACGCUGCAGUCAAACUUCUCCAUCGUCGAUGCGAUACGCAAAUCUGGCCGGGGUAUGAACAAGCAGGCAAUCCCCGAGAUGAUUGAGUGGUGUCGCAAGGUUGGAUAUGAGCCCUCCGAAUUUGACUGCCUGAGGCCUGUACACAUUGCGGGAACAAAAGGUAAAGGCUCGACUAGUGCCUUCAUCUCGUCAAUCCUAUCGCAGUAUGCCACUCCCACCGGAGCCCAGGCGCGGCCACCCUCCAAAAUUGGACUCUACACCUCCCCGCACCUACGCUUCGUUCGUGAGCGCAUACAGAUCAACAAUGAGCCGCUAUCCGAGGAAAAGUUUGCAAAGUACUUUUUUGAGGUAUGGGACAAGCUCGAGGCUGCAGCGCAGGCAGAAAACGCACCUGCCGAUGUGCCCACGAAGCCAGUCUACUUCCGCUAUCUGACGCUCAUGGCACUGCAUGCAUACCUGAAGGAGGGGGUGGAUUCGGCCGUCAUCGAGUGUGGCAUUGGUGGAGAGUUUGAUAGCACUAAUAUUCUGACCAAACCCACGGUUACGGCCGUCACCAGCCUGGGCAUAGACCAUACGGCAAUGCUCGGUUCCACGCUGCCAGAAAUCGCGUGGCACAAAGCUGGCAUCUUCAAACCGAGCAGUGUCGCAAUUACGGCGCGCCAAAAGGACGAGGCCAUGACUGUGCUUCAUGAACGAGCAGCAGAAAAGGGCGAAAAGCUGAUUGUCGUUGACGUGCACCCGGCGCUGGCAAAGGACGAAAUUAAAUUAGGGCUGGGCGCAGCAUUUCAAAAGAUCAACGCAUCAGUAGCCAUUGCAGCCGCGGCCGCUCAUCUGCGCGCGCUCGGGCACUCGUCCAUUCCAGACCCCACGGCUGUUCCCCACAUUGAGCUCCCCGUUGAGUUUGUUCGCGGUCUAGAGCAGGCACAUUGGGCAGGUAGGUGUGAGGUACGACGUGAACCCAAUGUGGCAUGGCAUAUCGAUGGAGGACAUACCAUGGAGAGCAUUGAGGUGACUGGCCAAUGGUUUGCAGAGCAAAUAAGAGCUGCAACUUCGACAGCCGUGUCCGACCCAAAGGUACCUCGGAUACUCAUCUUCAACCAACAAACUCGAGAUGCAAGUGCGCUAGCAAAGGCCUUGUAUGCAACUCUGCAGAGCGGCAUGACUACAGGCUCGACGUCGCCCUUUACUCAUGUCAUUUUCACCACGAACCAGACAUUCAGCGAGGGCUACAAGCCGGACCUUGUCGCCAUCAAUACCAACCAGAAAGAUGUGGACACACUGGCUGUGCAGAAGGCGCUUGCGGCGACAUGGUCGGAGAUUGAUAGCACAGCAAAAGUGCAUGUACUGCGUACCAUCCAAGAGGCAGUAGCCACAGCAAGGAGCGUAGCGCGCGAAUAUGCAGCGAAUGCAGGAGCUGAUGCAGAAGUCAUGGUUUUGGUUACUGGCAGCUUGCAUCUAGUGGGAGGUGCGCUUGAAGUAUUGGAGACGGAGAGGGCGCAGUGA